AGCUAAGUGUCUGGGCAAGAGAAUGUGAUUCAAUAGAACCCAGUAUCAUCAGACAUUGACAGCUUCCGUAGAACUUAAACGGAGAAAUCCAUUCAUCUCGAGAAUCUUCUAUCAACCUACAAUGUCGUCGCCCGUCGUCUUGAUUCUAGGAGCCGGUCCCCGGGUCGGUGCCUCUGUCGCUGACAAGUUCGCCACUGACGGGUAUAAGGUCGCCCUCGCAUCCAGAAAAGGCACCGGCAGUCUUAACGAGCAAGGCUAUCUUUCCCUCAAAGCAGACUUCACCAACCCUGAGUCGAUCCCAGCGCUGUUCGAUGCAGCCAAAGCUGAGUUCAAGGCCACACCCAAUGUCGUCAUAUACAAUGCGGCGGCACUGACUCCGCCUCCCGACCAGGGCUCGGUCCUGUCAAUUGGGGCUUCGAGCGUCGCCUCCGACUUGAACGUGAACACUGUGAGCCCGUACGCCGCUGCGCAGCAGGCUGUGGCCGCCUGGGAUACGCUACCCGGUGAAAUCAAGAAGACCUUCAUCUACACUGGCAACAUCUUGAAUAAGGUCGUCUUGCCUGUUCCCCUCAUGCAGAACCUAGGCAUUGGCAAGUCUGCUUCUGCAUACUGGAUCGGUCUGGCUGACACGCUGUAUGCUGCGAAGGGAUAUCGUUUCUUCUAUGCGGAUGAACGUCACGAGGAUGGCAAAAUUAAGGCAGCGCAGCUUGACGGUCCGACCCAUGCCGAGUUUUAUGCUGAGUUGGUUAAGCACGAAGGCAAGGUACCAUGGAAUGCCACCUUUGUCAAAGGAAAAGGCUAUGUUCAAUUCUAGACAGAUAGACCGUAAUCGAGAUAUCGGUGUGCAGUUGAUAAACCAAUGUAACUAGUUUGAAGUAACGUUAGACUAAACGAGUCAAUGGAAGGUAUAUGUUUAGAAGGGUAU